CGAUUAAUUCUGAAAAAGCCAUCGCUAAAAUACUUUAGACCUCAUUGUUAUCCGCCUAAUCCGGCCGCUCGUGGCAGUCGUUGCCAUAAUUUCGGGACAUUGCGAUGGGCCGUUGCUUGACAUUAGUUGCCUAGCUGCUGCUGCUACCAUGCUACCGCACCGUAUGUGGAGCAAAGGCCUCACAAAUGCAAUGAGCCUUGGUGAAUGCAUCACUGAUGCCAAAGUGGCCUGCCAUACUCCUUCCAAGGUCAUCAGUCAGGUCGAGGUUGGCAUACAGUGCCGUUUGCCUCUGGCAGACAAGUCUGUCGGGUGCUCCUUCAAAGCAGGGAGCGAGUCGAGGAGCGUGCAGACUACAGAGACUGUGAAUCAGUCAAGCUCCACGUCAGUAUCCAGGCCUAUUUCUCCAUCAAGUGCCAGCAGUGACAACUCACAGCAGGGAUGCCUCCAUCAAUGCCACCUUUGUGAUUAUAAGGCUGAUAAACUGUUCUGUCUGAAAGAACACGCCAGGGUCCAUACUGGCGAGAGCCUGUUUAAAUGCCAUUUGUGCCUUCAGAGCUUCUCAAGGAGGAGCACCCUAAACAGGCACCUGUUCAUCCAUACUGGCGAGCGUCCAUUUGUAUGCCAUGUGUGUUCUAAGUGCUUCUCACGUAAGACCUACCUGAAAGACCACCUGCACAGCCACACAGGUGACUGGCCACGCCAUUGCACCAUCUGCUGCAAGUCCUUUGUGCAGGCUGAUUGCUUGUGCAGACAUAAGAAAACACAGCACUAUGAUACUGUAGAGUAGGUCAAUAGCCAUCUUGAACUAGAGUCUGAAUUUUGAAUCUCCAGAUGUGUGUUGUUCUGCUGCAUCAGGUGUAGGGCAAGUGCUCUUUUCUGAGUCACCAUAUUUGCUCUAGAUCUGUUCUCAGCAUGUUAUAAAAUAAAGAGCAAAAGAAAUUAUGAAGCGUGAACCACACAAAGCCAAGUUAUUGCUCAGAAAAAAUUCAAGAUACAGUUAGACCUUGAUAUAACGAAGCCAGUAGAAUUAGCAAUUUGCUUUGUUAUAGUAUUAGAAUUUCAGAAUUUCGUUAAAUUGUUGACUGUUCAUUAUUUAAGAGUGUUCAAAUAUUUGAUUUGAUUCUGUUUCUUUGUUACACUCUUAUUCGAUCUCAAGAAUUACUCUUAUUGUUGCAACUACUCUUACUCUAAACUAUACUACUUCAAAUUAUUCCAGUAUUGUUUUUUGAUACUUUUUCUGUUAGGCUCAUUUAUGUAUGUGUUGCCUCUAGGUUCUGAUAUAUAUGGUUCAUCGUGGAGACUCUUGAUCGUAUUCUAUUUGCACCUUUUCUUUUGUUUCACAGAUAGGUACUUGUUUAGCGCAAUUGAUUCAUUAAUGAGUUUGCUUGCCAAUGUCUGUUUUAUCAGAGUACCAAAUAAAUGCUUGUGUUUAAUGUGCAUUCAUUGUCUGUUGUUGGUAUUUUAGCACUCUCAUAACAGUGUGCAAUGUACUGUAGUGAUAAUAGCCUUUUAUUCUAUCGGGGGCUAGAAGAGAAGUUGUGAUUGAAGUUGGAAGUUCAUUAUUAGCACAGAAGGGGCUUGCUAUAGGGUGAUUCCAAGCAAAAUAUCCCAGAUCCGAAACGUGGCUGUCAUUGAUUUUCUUGAAAAAAACGUUUUUGAACACGUAGCACUCUUGGAAAUUUCUGUAAAGAGGCAAAUGUUGGUUGGAGGUACAUUUUUUUUAUUCCAGUCUGAAACUAGGUGAAACAACAAAGUUCGUUUUAGAACGUUGUAUUGGCAUCUAUAAUUGAAUGCGUCUUAGAAUUUUCUGUUUAUUUGGCUAUGUAAAAACGCACUAAAAGUUACGUUUUGAGAAAUUUAUUGCAUGAACUGCAUUAUUUUUCAGUUACAAUAAUUUUUCUUCCUUUUAGUUUGUUACUAUUGUGUAUGCUAAAAAUAAUUUAAAGUUAUUAAGACAUAUUUUUUCAGAAAGCUACCUCAAAAAGUUGGCAGAAAAUGAAUUUCUUGCGAUAUCCAGGCCGAAUUUAAGCAUUAAUUAAGGCCCUCCAGAUAAACAUAUGUCAGAUAGCUGAAUAUACGCCCCGACUUCUUAGCUAGCUUGUGAUUUAGAAAUAAACAUCAAAUGGAAGCAAAAAUAUGAUAAAUUUUGGCCCCGUGUACGUAGUAUGUAUAGGGAUAAAGUGUGAGAACUUGCGUAGUAGAGGAGGCUGUAUACAUUGCUCAGGGAUAUAAACUUUGCUGGCUAUACAGUGAUCAUUCGUGCUCUCUGAAGAACUCUUCGUAUGUGAGCAAACUCCUCAUUUCCAUAUUCUCAAUUGGUACAUAUAGUAAACAAAGCUUCAUAAUCUGUGACAUGACAGGAACUUGCCAAUGUAAUGAAAACUAGGAUGUACACAUUAUUUUAUGGUUGUUUUGAUUGUAGCUGUUUAUUUUUCUAAAAUGACUCGAAAUGUAUUAUGCAUCUGACUUGAUUCGCUUCUGGCCCUAUUAGAUUCAGUGCAAUGUGAAACAUUACUUUUACACAUCCUUAGUUUUGAUCUAUACUGGGCAACAAUGUACCUACAUGAAAUAAACAUGUGAGAGUUUCUGCUUUU